AUGGGAAGAAAUCCAUUUAAUCAAACUAUCCAUCAUGAACGUCAACAACCAAAGUCAAUGAGAGGAUUAGGUAAACUUGAAAGAAGAAAGGAUUUUGUUAAAAGAGCACACACGAGAAAAUUACAAGAAGAAACAACAGCAUACUUAAAAAGAAAAGCAUCGAAUAAAAAUCCAGAUGAAUUUAAUUGUAAAAUGCAAAAUAUGCGAUUACAAGGAAAAGUGGUAAUUGAUAUUAGACCAAAAGAAGGACAAAGUGCACAAGAAUUAGAAAGACUACUAAUGAUACAAAAAAAUGCAUUAGCAAGAUUACAAAAAAAGAAAAUAUUUAUAAGAGAAAAACGAAUUGUAUUUAAUGAAGAAGGAAAAGGAAUAGAAAUGGAUCCAAUUGACUUAGUAGAUGUAAGUAAAAUCCAAGAAAAAAUAGAUGCUCAAAAAAUCAUUGAAGAACAAGAAAAACGACAACAAGAAAUUAAUAAACUUCAAAAAGAAAUUAAAAUAACAGAAAGAAAAUUACAAGAAAUAAGUAAAAUUGAACGAGAACAAGAUAAAAGAAAGAAAAUAGAAAUUAAAGAUGAAUAUGGAGAUGUUAUUGCAACACAUUAUCAAAAUACAAGAAAAAAAUAA